UCUCGCCGCCGUCGCCGGGCCGGAGCGGGAGCCGGAGCGGAGCAGAGCCGGGGCCGGGGCCAGAGCGGGCGGAAUGGAGCCCCCGCGCGCGCCCGCUCUGCGCCGCCUGCUGCCGCCGCUGCUGCUCCUGCUGCUGCCACUGCCACCCCGCGCCCGGGCCAAGUACGUGCGGGGCAACCUCAGCUCCAAAGAGGACUGGGUGUUCCUGACAAGAUUUUGCUUCCUCUCGGAUUACGGACGAUUGGACUUCCGUUUCCGAUACCCUGAGGCCAAGUGCUGUCAGAACAUCCUCCUCUAUUUCGAUGACCCAUCCCAGUGGCCAGCUGUGUACAAGGCAGGGGACAAGGACUGCCUGGCCAAGGAGUCAGUGAUCAGGCCUGAGAACAACCAGGUCAUCAACCUCACCACCCAGUAUGCCUGGUCAGGCUGUCAGGUGGUGUCAGAGGAGGGAACUCGCUACCUGAGCUGCUCCAGUGGCCGCAGUUUCCGCUCAGUGCGUGAAAGGUGGUGGUACAUUGCGCUCAGCAAGUGUGGGGGAGAUGGGCUGCAGCUGGAGUACGAGAUGGUCCUCACCAAUGGCAAGUCCUUCUGGACGCGGCAUUUCUCUGCUGAUGAGUUUGGGAUCCUGGAGACAGAUGUGACUUUCCUCCUCAUCUUCAUCCUCAUCUUCAUCCUCUCCUGUUACUUUGGAUAUUUGCUGAAAGGUCGUCAGUUGCUCCACACGACUUAUAAAAUGUUUAUGGCUGCAGCCGGAGUGGAAGUUUUGAGUCUCCUGUUUUUCUGCAUCUACUGGGGCCAGUAUGCCACUGAUGGUAUUGGCAACGAGAGUCUGAAGAUCUUGGCCAAGCUGCUCUUCUCCUCCAGCUUCCUCAUCUUCCUGCUGAUGCUCAUCCUUCUGGGGAAGGGAUUCACAGUGACACGGGGCCGCAUCAGCCACUCAGGCUCCGUGAAGCUGUCUGUCUACAUGACCCUGUACACUCUUACCCAUGUGGUGCUGCUCAUCUAUGAGGCCAAGUUCUUUGACCCAGGCCAGGUACUGUACACGUAUGAGUCGCCAGCAGGCUACGGGCUCAUCGGGCUGCAGGUGGCGGCUUACGUGUGGUUCUGCUACGCCGUGCUUGUCUCUUUGCGCCAUUUCCCGGAGAAGCAGCCCUUUUAUGUGCCCUUCUUUGCUGCCUACACCCUCUGGUUCUUUGCAGUUCCUGUCAUGGCCCUGAUCGCCAACUUUGGGAUCCCCAAGUGGGCUCGGGAGAAGAUUGUCAAUGGCAUCCAGCUGGGGAUCCAUUUGUAUGCCCAUGGCGUGUUCCUGAUCAUGACACGCCCCUCAGCGGCCAACAAGAACUUUCCCUACCACGUGCGCACAUCGCAGAUCGCCUCGGCUGGUGCCCCCGGCCCGGGAGGGAGCGAAUCGGCAGACAAGGCCUUCCCGCAGCACGUCUAUGGGAACGUGACGUUCAUCAGCGACUCGGUGCCCAACUUCACGGAGCUCUUCUCCAUCCCCCCGCCCGCCUCCUCCGCCGGGAAGCAGGUGGAGGAGACGGCGGUGGCGGCGGCGGUGGCCCCGAGGGGCCGCGUGGUGACCAUGGCCGAGCCCGGCGCGGCCUCCCCGCCCCCUCCCGCUCGGUUCGCCAAGGCGGCCGACCCGAGUUGGGAUGGCCCGACGCCGCCCUACCAGCCGCUCGUGCCCCAGACGGCGUCGCCGCACUCCGGCUUCACCGAAUACUUCAGCAUGCGCACGGCCGGGGGCACCGCACCCCCGGUCUGACACCCCUGCCCGCCCCUGCCCCCUGGGCCGCGCGCCGGGCCCCGGCCGGGCUCCGGACCCCUGCUCUAUCCCAGCCCCAGGGCUCGGCCAUCCCAGGCCUUCCCGACCCUCCCCACCCCGCGCUCCCAGGUAGGGGUGCGCGGUGUCCCACUUCUUCCCUGCCCCCGACUCUUGUGCCAAACGGUCCCGCGGGAGCCGCUCUCCCCGUCCCCUCCCUCAGCCCCUGCCCCGAGCGGCGCCGGAUUCUGGGCUCCCGCUGUUCCGUGACCUCCGGCCCCCUGGCCCCCUCCGAGACCUCUGACCCUGCCGGACCCCGGGACACCAGUGAGGAUCGCCAGGACCCUGCCCGUGGGACGCUCCAGGAGGACUCCGCGACCCCGAGCCACUGCUCCCGGGACGGAUAUUGUGAAGCUGGUCUCUACUCUGAAAACUUCCCUUGGAUCUCUGUGACCUCAGACCCGUGCUCUGUCCAUCCCCAUCUACAUCCCGGGGCCCUCCCUCAGGUCCCCGGUAGAAAGACUUUUUUCCCUUCUUGCCAAAAUAAAGAGGAUUCGUUGUUUUUAUCUAUAA